AUGACAAUUGUUAAAUCUUUUGAAGUUCAAAACCCUCUUGAAACCAGUUUAAAAGGUUUUGCUUUGGCUAACCCCUCUAUCACUUUAAUACCAGAAGAAAAAAUCCUUUUCCGCCAAACAGACAAAUCUAAGGUAGGUUUAAUCUCUGGAGGUGGUUCAGGUCAUGAACCAAGUCAUGCAGGUUUUAUUGGUACUGGUAUGUUAAGUGCUGCGGUUUGUGGGGACAUCUUCGCUUCCCCGAGUACAAAGCAGAUUCUCAAUGCCAUCAAACUCUUAAAUGAGAAUUGUAAUGGUGUAUUAUUAAUUGUUAAAAAUUAUACCGGUGAUGUACUUCAUUUUGGUCUCUCUGCUGAAAGAGCUAGAGCUUUGGGUAUCAAUUGUCAAGUCGUAGUCAUUGGUGAUGAUGUUGCUGUUGGUAGAGAGAAAGGUGGCAUGGUUGGCAGGAGAGCAUUAGCAGGAACAGUUUUGGUCCAUAAGAUUGUAGGUGCAUUUGCUGAAUUGUAUUCUUCUAAGUAUGGAUUGAAUGGUACUGCUCAAGUAGCCAAGAUUGUCAACGACAAUUUGGUUACCAUUGGUGCUUCUUUGGAUCAUUGUAAAGUACCAGGAAGACCAUUCGAAAGUGAAUUAACUGAAGGACAAAUGGAAUUAGGUAUGGGUAUCCAUAACGAACCUGGUGUUGAUAUCUUAGAGCCUAUCCCAAUUACUGAAGAAUUGAUUGAAAAGUAUAUGUUACCAAAAUUAUUGGAUGCCUCUGAUAAGGAUAGGGCCUUUGUUCCAUUUACUAAAGAUAAUGAUGUUGUUGUUCUAGUUAAUAACCUUGGUUCAGUCUCUAAUUUUAUUAUGUCUUCCAUCGCUGCCAUUACCACUGACCUGUUAAAGAAGAAAUAUGGUAUUGUUCCAAAAAAAAUAAUUGUAGGAUCUUUAAUGACAGCAUUCAACGGUAAUGGUUUUAGCAUCACUUUAUUAAAUGCAUCCAGGUGUUCUAAAGAGCUACAAAGGAAUUUCGAAGAAAUCAAAGACGUUAUGGAUUUGAUCAAUACACCAACAGAUGCACCCGGUUGGCCAAUCGGUGAAUUUAAGAAUAAGAUGGCACCAAGUAUUGAUGAUAAGAUUUUAUCGAAUGAUAUUAAAGUAAAAUCAGUAGGUAAAUAUGAUUUCGAUGCCUUCGCUAAAUGGAUAAAAGCUGGUGCUAAACAAAUUGUAGAAAGUGAACCUCACAUCACUCAUUUAGAUAAUCAAGUUGGAGAUGGUGAUUGUGGCUACACCUUAGUAGCUGGUGUUAACGGUAUUGUUAACAAUUUAGACUCGAUCUCAAAGGAAUAUUUGUCUGAAGCCAUGGCACAAAUCAGUGACAUUAUUGAAGAUUACAUGGGUGGUACAUCAGGUGGUUUAUAUUCCAUCUUAAUUUCGGGUUUUUCUCAUGGAUUGAUCCAAACAGUACCAAAUAAAGAUGAACCAGUUACCAAGGAAGUAGUGUCUAAAGCUUUGGAGAUUGCAUUAGAAACUUUAUUUAAGUACACAAAGGCAAGAAAAGGUUCUUCAACAUUGAUUGAUGCAUUAGAGCCAUUUGUUAAGGAAUUUGUCUUAACUAAGGAUUUCCAUAAAGCUGUUAAGGCUGCAGAUGAAGGUGCCAAAUCAACUGGUACAUUUAGUGCAAAAUUCGGAAGAGCAUCUUAUGUUGGAAAUUCAUCCAAUGUGGAAGAUCCAGGUGCUGUUGGGUUUGUUGAAUUUGUAAAAGGUAUGGAAAGUGCCAUGUAA